AUGGACCGUAAGCGUGAACUUUGUGCCUUUCUCGGCAAUGCGGCGCACGCAACCGGGCACGGUAAAGACGGGCUCUACUACCGUGAGGAAUUGCAGUUCGAAAGAGUUGUUAAUCAAACGAACCCUGAAUAUCGAAGUGUGGGUUCUAGAAACAGUUAUAAGAUGAGCGACAAACCAGUUCUAUUUCGAAAAAACUCCAUAAAGCAUGGCCAAGUUCGUUUUCUUGCUGCCUCAUAUCAUGGACGAGGACCACUGCAACUCUCCUGGGGAUAUAACUAUGGUGAUUACAGCAAGUUCUUGUACAACGAUCCUCAGGUUCUAUUGGAGAAUCCUGAUCAACUACUUGAUAAGCCCGAGGUUGGCAUCGGUGCAGCCAUCUGGUUUUGGAUGACGCAGCCAGAUUGGAGACCGGAGUACAUACCGCAUAAAAUGAUGUACAAGCCAGAGGACGGAAAUUCAUGGGGAUUCGGUCAUACUAUAAUGGCUAUAAGUGGUGGACUUGAAUACGAUGCCAAGGAGAACGGGAAGGGGAAUCGUGAUGUCCUUGUAACGCGGAGGAUCGACUAUUAUCGCCGUUGUGCGGCGCACUUCAAGAUAUCCGUCGGCAAGAAUGGGGAAAAGAUGGAUACAAGUGGUCUGCUAAGAUGA